CUGUCCUCUUCCCUACUUCGCAGCCUAACAAGCCGGGUAGGACCGGUUCUUUCCGGCUCCUGCUCCCUGCAGCCCUGAGCCACACCCGUCCCCCCAGCCCACCGCCAGGUCCGAACCACCGUAACUUCCAAACCCGGAAGUUACACGUGGCCGUGCUUUUGCGCAACUUCCGGCGGGUCUUCCCUGGGAACUCGACUCGGGAGUGCCGGGGAUCGCUGUCUGUUUCUGCCUCGGCUCCAUCACCCCCUCCGCGGCCCGAAGCCCCCUGAGCAGGAGCCGGAUCAUGAGCGUGUUGAGCGGCCUGGCCUCCGAGCCGCGCACCCCGCUGUCCAGCAAGGCCAGGAUGAAAAGGCUCCCGAGGAAGAGCCAGAACGAGAAGUACCGGCUCAAGUACCUGCGGCUGCGCAGAGCCGCCAAGGCCACCGUGUUUGAAAAUGCUUCUAUCUGUGAUGAAAUUGCUCGUCUCGAGGAAAAAUUUCUUAAAGCAAAAGAAGAAAGAAGAUACUUGCUGAAGAAGCUCCUCCAGAUUCAUGCUCUGACUGAAGGGGAACCACAGGCUGCCGCUCCUUCCCACAGCUCCAGUUUGCCCCUGGCUUAUGGUGUCUCCAGCUCCGUGGGAACUAUCCAGGGAGCUGGGCCCAGCACUGGGGCCGAGGAACCACUUGCGAAGAAAUCCAAGAAGGAGAAGAAAGAGAAGGGCAAGGAGAACAGCAAACUGGAGGUUCUGAAGAAAACAUCCAAGAAAAAGAAAAUGGAGGGAGGGGCUCGCAAGGUGGUUCGACCCAUUGCCCUGGAUCCUUCAGGACAGCCUGUGUUCCCCAUCGGACUAGGGGGCCUGACCGUGUAUAGCCUGGGGGAGAUCAUCACCAACCGGCCUGGUUUCCAUGACGAGAAUGCCAUCUAUCCUGUGGGCUACUGCAGCACCCGAGUGUAUGCCAGCAUGAAGUGCCCAGACCAGAAGUGUCUGUACACCUGUCAGAUCAAGGAUGGCGGCGUACAGCCUCAGGUACUCACUGCCUUUUACCAGUGGGUGAAAUUUGAUGCGUGCAAACCCAGGAAGGGGCAGCUCUCUCAGGAACUCCCAGAGAGCGAUGGAGCUAUGAGCCUUGAACCCUUUCAGACACAGACGUUUGAUGACGACCAUGAUGGUUCUAUUCUGCCAGGCUCCCUGGAUCUCCCCGAGCUUCAGCAUGAGGCCUUUGUGUCAUCUUACCAGCCAGAGUUCCUGACUCAUGAACCCUUGGUUGACACUGACCUGCAGGACCUGAAGUCUCCAUCCCAGUGUAGCCCAAUGCAGUCCUCGGAUUGAACAGGAAAGAGGUGGAGCCCACUUCCUUCUCCUCACUGUGAGUUUUACUAAAACUCACUCUGUGGAAGAAGGCAGCAGCCCAGAAACAGAGAAGAUACACGUUUAAUCAUGGAUGUUUCUGUGCUGACAGUGCGCCCCAGGGUAAACCUCAGUUGCUUUUAUUUUUAGUAAUAAAUAUAUCUUGGCAGUUCCA